GCAAAAGCUAGCGUUCCUCAGCAUUAAUCAAAUUAAAUUUCUUCUAAAUCUAAGUCCUUGUAACUUCAAGAUGGCUCGGUCCAUGAGCUUCUUCAUUUUCAUUACUCUGCUUUCUUUUGCACCAAUUUGUUUCUCUUUUAAGAGUAACAAUGAUAACCUAUACCCGCAAUACUAUUAUAAAUCAUGCCCACAAGCGCUAGAAAUUGUCAAGUCUGUAGUUGCCAAGGCUGUUGCCAAAGAAGCCCGAAUGGCUGCUUCUCUGUUGAGGCUCCAUUUCCACGACUGUUUUGUCAAGGGAUGUGAUGCAUCUUUGCUUCUGGAUAGUAGCAAUGGUAUUGUGACAGAAAAAGGAUCAAACCCCAACAAGAAUUCAGCUCGUGGAUUCGAAGUCCUUGACGAGAUUAAAUCUGCACUGGAGAAGGAAUGUCCUCAAACUGUUUCUUGCGCUGAUAUCUUGGCACUUGCUGCAAGGGAUUCAACUGUAUUGGCUGGUGGACCGAACUGGGAGGUUCCAUUGGGAAGAAGAGACUCCAGAAGCGCCAGUCUAAGUGGCUCCAACAACAAUAUUCCUGCUCCAAACAACACAUUUGAUUCCAUUCUCUCAAAAUUCAAGAGACAAGGACUUGAUCUUGUUGACCUUGUAGCUUUGUCUGGAAGUCACACCAUUGGAAAUUCAAGAUGUACCAGCUUUAGACAAAGGCUCUACAACCAGUCAGGAAACAAUAAACCAGACUCAACUCUGGAUCAAUCUUAUGCUGCUCAAUUGCGCAAUAGGUGUCCAAAAUCUGGUGGUGACCAGAACUUAUUCUUCUUGGACUUUGUUUCCCCCACAAAAUUUGACAACAGCUACUUCAAGCUCUUGUUGGCUUCAAAGGGCCUGCUGAACUCUGAUCAAGUUCUUACUACUAAGAGUCAAGCAUCAUUAGCCUUGGUGAAGCAAUAUGCAGAAGACAAUGCACUUUUCUUCGACCACUUCGCCAAGUCUAUGGUUAAGAUGGGGAACAUUUCUCCUUUGACAGGUUCCAGUGGGGAAAUCAGGAAGACUUGCAGGAAGAUCAACUCAUCUUAAAAGAGCACAACUUGUUAUCUUGGAGAGAACAUUACCUCAAUGAUUGUGCCUGUAUUGUCAAUUUGUUAUGUAUUUUUUACUUUUGUUCUUUUUCCAACAAUCUUCUAGCUUUUUUUUUUUCAUCUUUGAGGAUUUCACUGCUGGUGUCCAUCCUUAAAGACCACCUUUUGAGUUGCUUUAUUGUAUUUUUGUGUAAUAAACAUGAAUCCAUGGGUUCAUAGACAUUGUCUUAAA